GAGCGCACACGGAGCAGCCCCGCGAGGCGGCAGCCCGGGACACGCGGAUCAGCCGCAGCCCCCGCCGCCUGCCCCAUGGCGCUGAAGCGGAUCCAGAAAGAAUUAAGUGAUCUACAGCGCGACCCACCUGCCCACUGCUCCGCGGGACCUGUGGGAGAUGACCUGUUCCACUGGCAAGCAACCAUCAUGGGGCCCCCUGACAGUGCAUAUCAAGGUGGAGUCUUCUUCCUCACGGUCCACUUCCCGACAGACUAUCCCUUUAAACCACCAAAGAUUGCUUUCACGACGAAAAUCUACCACCCAAAUAUAAACAGUAAUGGAAGUAUUUGUCUUGACAUCCUGCGGUCCCAGUGGUCGCCAGCUUUGACUGUAUCUAAAGUGUUAUUGUCCAUAUGCUCGCUGCUCUGUGAUCCUAAUCCAGAUGAUCCUUUAGUACCAGAUAUUGCACAGAUCUAUAAAUCAGACAAAGAAAAAUACAACAGGCACGCAAGAGAAUGGACUCAGAAAUAUGCAAUGUAAUGUUUUCAAACACUUUCACUUAUACCAGAGUACUGUAAAAUCUAUGUCUUUUUCAACAUUAGCAGUAAAUCGAGCGCUGUGGGCUGUCUCCUUUGUUCCACUGAACCCUUUGGUUUCUACUCAUUUUAAAUGUGUUUCUGAAGCAAGACAGAACAAACCUCCAAAACUACCCUUGAAACUGUGCUGAGAGCAUUUGGCAUCUUGUGCUUGUUGAGGAGGACAUUUAUUUUGGUUUCUGAGACACUUGGACACCUGCAUCUUCGAAGCAAGAUCCGCGACAUGACUGAGAAACAACCAGAUGAUUUUUUUUUUUUUUUUGCUGAAAGGAGAUGUUUUUACAUGAGAAACACUGUAUGUACUGUCCAAGAUGUCAUCACUUUUAUAAAUCUGAACUCAGAUUUCA